GGGAGGGCACUUAUUUUGCCUUUCACCCUUCUUCUUCAUUAGUAUUCUGUUCUCACUCUUUGAAGAUUUUUGCACUCUAUGCACUAUAAAUUUCUUUCGCCCUCCAAGUGAAAGUCUGUUUUUCUACAGUGCCCAGUAUCUUGUGGAUCAACAACCUUUCGCUCGCAUUUAUUCUGUAUCGGUUGGAUCAGAGCACUUUUUAACAGUGAACUGGGUGUCUAAUCUUCAUUAUUAUUAAUGUGCUGUGUUCCCGGGGAGAUGGAUGAAAGUUGGAGAGGAUUUUGGACUUUCUUCCUCAUAACAACACUUGUUUUCAAAGAAAGUACAGGAUUCCAGAUCAAGAAUGAAGAGCUGAGAAAGUGUAUAGAAGUAAACGAAGAGCAGGUUGGUGAUAGGUUAAGCCUGCAGGAGUGCAGAACAGAUUUUGCUCUACAGGAAUGGCACUGGAACCCUGUGACCCGCACCCUCAGCAAUCCCCAGAGAGGAGAGUGUGUAACUGCACCCCAGAUCCAGGAUCACGAGGUUGUUGGGUUGCAAGCUUGCAGGUCUGAGGAGGAGGAUAGUGAGGGCCAGACCUGGAGUUGUUCUAAAAAAGGUCUCUUGACAUUACAUGGCAAGGGUCUGCACCUGAGUGCACGGCAUGAUUCCUCCAAGCUCUUCCUUUCCAAAGACCGCAGAAAAGGCAGCAAGUGGAAGACACUGGCUAAUCAAACGGUAUGCGAGGAGGGAAACAGUACACAUCAUGGCAAGAAUGUGUUGCAAGAAUCACAACAGACAGUUUGGACCGGACCUAGAAUCCUCACUAAUAUUCACUAUUGGCAUUCUGGGAGUAAAGACCUGACUGCUCCUAAAACUACUAAAGUAACAAAGACCACUGAUGCAUUUCAUGAACCUCAAAGUAGCAUGGGACCUGAGGGACCUUAUAUAAAUGUGUUUCCAGCAGAAUAUGGAGCAGGCUGGAAAAUGACUAUGUUGCUUCUGAGCUCAUUGGCUCUGUUACUUGGACUUGUUAUUCUCAUUCUAAACAUCUAUCAGAACAGAAGGAAGACCGUCGUGGUGCUGAAAUCUUACACUCCAACAGGAGAGGCCAGUCAACCAGGCUCUCCUGUGCCUAGUGAAAGAGCUCCACUAACCCAGCACCCCAUGAAUCCUGCCCGGUCACCUGUUAUUCAGCGAGGCGAAAUCCUUGUUGAAUGGAAAGAUGGAACAGUCACCCCGCUGUUUGAAACACACCUAACUGACUAGAGGCUGUACUCAUAGUUAAUUUUCUUGUUUUGUACCCGUCGUGUCAGUUGAGUUUUUUUGAAGUAAGAUCUUUAUUCACACGUCCAACCAACAUCUUACGAAAAUCACAGACAUCUGUUGGGAUUACUGUGCUCAGAAUACCAUCCCUAUGCAGAAAAACUGAUGUUGGGAUGUGAUCAAGGAAAAUAUUCUGUACCUAGCCAAAAAGUUAAGGUAUCUUCAGGUCGUAUUCAGUUUAAAACAUUGGUUUUCAAACCCAGUGGGCCUCCAGGAGGUCCUAAAAAGAUAUACUGUAUAAUAAAUAUUGAAAGCUUAGUUUAUGUUACAGAGAAAUAUACAUUAAUAUAUAAAAUAUUAUACCACAAGCACUCUUAGUAUUAGUAUUAAUAUUUUAUUUAAUACAUGUAUUCAGUUCAAUGCCAGUAAGCCUGAAUAUGUUCAUGUAUACCACUAAUGUAGAUUAUUCUUGAUCUACAUACAGUAUGCAUAACUAAAAUGUAUAUUAGUUAAGCUAAAUAAAGUUUAGUCUAGUUCACAUGUAAUCACAUUUUACAUUCCUAAAUAAACUAUUGUUGACUUAAAUAUUCA